UUGGAAUUUGUUUGUCUUAUUAAUUACAACUGUGGAAAAUAAAUGUUUUAAAUAGAUCAAAAUACAAGAUAUCCGAAUUAGUAAUCAGUUAAAUUGCGGGGAAAGGGUCUUCAUUUAUUUACCAAAUUACUUAAGCAGAACGAAGAGAGUUGGAUAUCUUUAUAACCCAAUUUGUUGAAGAUGCUAAGUGGUCAGGUCAAUAUUUGUUUGGAUCGCAACGCAGCGCAGAUCGGUACCAAUUUAAGUGGUCUUCAUUAUCGAAAGGUGUUGUGUGUAAGCCAGUCGUUUUACAAUGCACCUGGCGGCUUGGAUAUACUUAUUUUCUGGGCUAUUACCCCUGGUCAAAAGUGCCUACGAUGUGGUGAACCCUUCAGUUGGUCAGAAUAUCACGGAAUAUCUGCAUGCACGCCAGAAAAGACAUCAAUUGAUUUAUCGGAAUGGAGGAACCAUCCGUUUGGUAGUGGGUCCCGUGUUGGCCACACAACUCGAGGAUCCUGUCGUCUGGCGCAGCAUGGUUUACUAUUAUGUUCUGCAUUUCGGAGCAUUUACACUGCCAUCAGCUCCACUUUAUCCAUGGGAUAAAUGGGAGACGAUCUACGCCCGUUCGCUGCAGGAGAAGAUCAGGAGCUUGGACCAAUCCCACGAAGACGACACUCGCACAUUUGUCUAUGCGGCAUUGGAGAACUAUAUGGACCAGGUCAGUGGAUCGGUGGGUCGGGGUCGGCAGUGCUUGUUGCGCGGGAUCUGCGAGAAUGCCCAGGUCCAUUAUCAUGUGGGCAUAAUGGCUGAGCUACUAAACGUUUUACUAACACCUGGUAAAACGCGAUUGGAUCUGGCCUAUACGGAAGCCUUAGCUGCAGGAAAAGCUGGAAUAGAUUGCUUAUCACACUUUUCGGAUUGUCCAAGAGGUGAAAGUGUCUUGGAUGCCUAUGCUGUGGAGGUGGAUUAUUAA